UCGUGCAAGUAGAACUUAGCGUGCGUGGUGCUUCAAAGGCAUUUGCCGCUGUAUUACAUCCAUUCCAUGUUAUGUGACAGAGCAAACCGUUUUCAUGUUGCGUUAAAGCUGUGUGAUGGUCAAUUUUUAAGGGUGUUCUACAUAGAUUAGUUAGUAUUUCCUGACAGUUCAAGUCGAGUAGCUAGCUGAACGCUAAGAAAGCCAGCAAGUAUGAACAAACACGAAUUGAGUAGUUAAAGCGAAAGGCUAUCAGAGAGACUAUGUUUUACAAUAAAUGUCUUCAAGGUGUUAACUAGAUACGUGAUGUCAGCUUGUUGACAUGGACACUGGAAUCAUACUAUAUAACAAUCUGAGAGAUGUGGCAUGGAGUACGACCUCUCUUCCUCUAGACCGACUUGUGAAUGUUUACAGACUGCCACAGAUUGUGAAACUGGACAGUGGGGAACCAAUGGAUGGUCUGCGAGACAAUGAUUAUCUUUUGAUUCAUUCUAGUCGUCAAUGGACAACAAUUACUGCGCACAGUCUAGAGGAGGGCCAUUAUGUCAUUGGACCCAAAAUAGAAAUCCCAGUUCAUUAUGAAGGUCAAUUUAAGCUGCUAGAACAGGACAGAGACAUGAAGGAGCCAGUUCAGUACUUCAACAGUGUGGAGGAGGUUGCUAAGGCAUUUCCUGAACGUGUCUAUGUCAUGGAGGAUAUCAUAUUCAAUGUUAAGGUGGCUUCUGGUGAAUGCAAUGAGGAUACUGAAGUUUAUAAUAUAACAUUGAACACAGGGGAUGAGCUAACUUUAAUGGGACAGGCAGAAAUUUUAUAUGCCAAAAACGCUAAGGAAAAGUCCAGACUUAACACAAUAUUCAAGAAGAUUGGAAAGUUAAACUCCAUGGGCAAACUAGGCCAUGGCAAGAUGCCAUGCUUAAUCUGCAUGAAUCACAGAACCAAUGAGAGUGUAAGCCUACCUUUUCAGUGCAAAGGACGCUUCAGCACACGCAGCCCUUUGGAGCUACAGAUGCAGGAGGGGGAGCACACCAUUCGUAGCAUUGUGGAGAAGACGCGCCUGCCUGUCAAUGUCACCGUGCCGAGCGCCCCACCCAGAAACCAGCACGACCAUCACUUGAUUCGAGAGGGUCACCGCUAUAAGCUUGUUAAUAUUCAGACUAAGACGGUAGUGGUUUGCUGUGUGCUGCGCAGCAACAAGAUCAUCCCCAUCCACUUCCCCCUUCACUUAGCCAUGCCUAAGUUUAUCAUUCCCGAAGGCCUCCUGCAGAAUGAGCUGAUUUUGGACACCAUUGUACACCGCUGGUUCAGCUUCUGCGAGGAGCAGUUUGACAUUGAUGAUUAUUCACGUGCUGUGCGGGAUGUAAAGUCAGAUUGGAAUGAGGAUGCUAAAAGUCCCAAGAAAACCACCAACAAUGGGAGCAGCAGCAGCAGUUGUCCUGUGCAUAAUCAUGUUCCCAGUUCCCUCACCUAUGCCCGGGAUGAGCUAACCCAGUCCUUCCACAGACUUUCAGUGUGUGUGUAUGGGAACAACCUGCAUGGAAACAGUGAGGUCAACUUGCAGGGAUAUAAGAGCUUGUGUGGAGACUGGGGAGAACUCCCACAUGACUCUGUACACUCUGUGUCCAUUGACAGUGAUGGUCUGUUCCCUGAAUUGGCACAGGACCCAGGCCAAUCUGCAGGCUUCAAGUCAGAUUUUCACUAUGAAGAGCUGUGGUUAGACCAUGGUAUGCAUCGAUUACCCAGGGAGGACACUACCUCAGCCAUGGAAAAGAGCAAGUGUGAUGGUAAUGGCGGUAGAACUGCCACUCUACACUACCCUGCAACAAGCAUGUCAGGCUCAAUCAUGAUCUCUGAAAUCUGUCUACCUCCACCUCCAGUGCCUCCAAAGUCUGAUGCUGUGAAAGCAGAAUGCAGACUUCUGAAUGCCCCUCCCGUCCCUCCACGGAGCUCCAGACCCACCUCAAAUUCUGUUCCAAAUUCAGCAAUCAAGCAGCACCAGCAACAACAAACACGCUGUCCUAGCCCCACACUUUCAUACUACUCUUCAGGGCUUCACAAUAUGGGACUCACUGAAAUUGAGAACAGAGUGUCAGAUGAACAAAACCAGAUGUGCUACCCCUGUAAAUGGCUGGUACCUGAUGCUGCUGAUGCAACCUUGUCACCUUUCAGGAGUCCUACAUUUGAAAGAAUUUCUUCCAGACUGUCGUGGCCAAAUGAAUUUUGUGGAGGAAAUUCUUACGGGAUUGAUGAGUUUUUAUCAGCUCAAUGUCGAAGCUAUUACAGCUAUCCUCGGCAAAAAACAUCAGGCGCACAGAUUGGUUAUUCUACUACAGUAUUUGAGAAUGAGGGGCGGGGAAAGACUUUUACGUCAUCGAAGCACUGUGAGUCCUUUAGCAUUGACCCAAUCAGCACAACCAAAUAUGGGGAAAUGUACAGAGACAAUUUGUUAACAGAACAGAGCAUAAAUCAGUGUCUGCCACCAAGAGUACAGAAUUUGGAUGAUGAAGUUUCAAAUGUGACAUUGAUGACAGUAGAUGUUGAUGGGAUAGAAGAGGUAACUCAGAAAUCUUCAGUGGACCAAAAAGAUAACGCAGUCAACUCCAUCGAGCUGCAUCUUCAACUUAUGCCACAAUUGUGUAGCUCACCAUGGCAGCCACCCACCAAUCUCUCUGGACUGUCAGUCGAAGAGGUAUCCAAGUCUUUGAGGUUUAUAGGGCUAUCUGAGGACAUUGUGUCAUUGUUUGUAAUAGAAAAAAUUGAUGGCAAUUUACUUCUGCAACUCACAGAGGAGAUUCUGUCUGAAGAUUUUAAACUAAGCAAGCUCCAAGUGAAGAAGCUUAUGCAAUUUAUUAAUGGCUGGAGGCCAAAAAUGUAACCUGCCCAUGACUUUGUGUCCACUGCUAAUAUGAUAUUGACCCAUUGUUGAUACAGUUGAUAUGAUAUGCAGUGCUGUCAUUUGUAUUGCAAUAGUCAUGUUUUUGUUUUACUAACAGUGUGUGUGCAACAGGGGUGUUUAUUUGCUACAUUCUAAUAUAAUGAAAACGUACUCUUCAGAUAUCUUGUAGGUACAUGUUGA